AUAUAUAUGGGGUAUACAAGUAUAGUUCCACAAAUAACUUUGAAAAAAACAAUGAGAGAGAGAGGACGGGAGAGAUUGAGAGGAGGCGAUCGAUGGACAACGGUAAGGAGGACAACACAGAGCAGAGGGCAUGGAAGAUCUCCAUGAAAAUGGCAGCAGAGGAAGAUCACACCGAUGAAUCGACUUAUGCAGACAUGUGGAACACUUUUCGAAAGUUUGGAAGAGUUUACACCAUUUACAGCCCAAAUAGGAGAAGUAGGAAUGGCAGCAAAUUCGGAUUUGUGAGAUAUCUUGAUGUGAAAGACAGAAGAGAGCUGGAAAGGAAGCUGGAUCAGAUAUGGAUUGAGGGCAAAAAGCUAUGGGACUUCAUUCCAAUAUUCCAAAGUGAGUCUGAGGAAGAUGAAUCAUGGUCAUCAAGCAAUUAUAAGGAGGAUAAUGAUUCUGAGAAGGAAGCAGAGAUGGAGCAAGAGAACGAAAGAGCCGUUGAAACAGAGAAAGAACAUGAUGAUGUGGUGUACAACAAUAGGGAGGUUGAUGGAAAGCAAUUGACACACGAUCAAUGGAGAAGAAAUGAGAUAAACAACAUCCAGGUUAAUGGAAAACAGCUUCAGGAAGUGGCUAAGUUAAAAGAAGAGGUGGCAAAAUACUUUCAAGAACUAUGCACAGAAGACAAAUGGCAAAGACCAAAGUUGGACGGAAUCAACUUCAAACAGUUAUCCCAUACGGACAAUGAACUCCUUAUGGCUAAGUUCUCAAAGGAAGAAGUAAAAAACACAGUGUGGGAUUGUGAGCCAACAAAGUCCCCGAGGCCUGACGGGUUCAAUUUCAAGUUCAUUAAGACCAUGUGGGAGGACAUAAAACAUGAUAUUAUUGGCUUCGCUCAGGAAUUUCAUGAACAUGGCAAGCUAGUAAGAGGGUCAAAUGCAUCAUUCAUAGUUUUAAUUCCAAAGGUUGGAAACCCCCAAAGAAUUGAAGAGUAUAGACCCAUCUUGCUCAUUGGGGUCAUGUACAAGAUUCUAGCUAAGCUGCUAGCUAAUCACCUCAGGAAAGUACUGGAUAAGAUCAUCGGGGAGCAACAGAUGGCUUUCAUAAAGGGCAGACAAUUGCUGGACGGGAUGGUGAUUGCAAAUGAGGUGAUUGAUGAGGCAAAGAGGAAGAAGAUGAAAAGCUUUCUACUCAAAGUGGAUUGCGAAAAAGCUUAUGACAAGGUUUGUUUGGACCUUAUUGAUUACAUGUUAUUGAGAAUCAGGUUUACUAUCACAUGGAGAAAUUGGGUAAAGGAAUGUCUGCAAUCAAGUACAAUAUCAAUUCUCAUCAACGAAAGUCCAACAAGACAGUUCCCAGUUAGCAAAGGAACAAGACAAGGUGAUCUACUAUCUUCUUUUUUGUUCUUAAUAGUGGCAGAAGGACUGAAUGGAUUAAUGUCAUCUGCGGUGGAUAAGAAACUAUACAAGGGAGUGAGGAUAGGUAAUGGAGAUGUGAUGGUAUCUCACCUCUAGUUCAUAGACAAUACAAUAUUUUUUUGUGA